CCGCCCGGCGCUGCCCCGCGGCUCCGCCGGCUCCGAGCGGCCCCAGCAGCGGCAGCGGACCACAAUGAAUGUGGAACAUGAAAUUAGCCUCUUAGUUGAGGAGAUUCGACGGCUGGGAACCAAAAAUGCUGACGGACAAGUGAGCGUGAAAUUUGGCGUGCUGUUUGCUGAUGAGAAGUGUGCCAACCUCUUUGAAGCCCUGGUGGGAACGCUUAAGGCGGCAAAGCGGCGCAAGAUCGUCACUUACCAAGGAGAGCUGCUUUUACAAGGUGUUCAUGACAACGUGGAUAUCAUGCUGCUGCAGGACUGAUGCAGUGCUUCAGCUAUGUGUUAAUGGAAUUGCUUGAAACAGGUUGAUCAAUCAAACAAUUGUUUGAUUUGCCACAUGCUCUUAAUAAGGCUGAUCAUUCCAAGGCAUUUUGAUGUAUUUUCUAUAUCUUUAUAGUCAAAAGAAAACUGUCCUAUUUUGGAAAACUUUCCCUUUUGUAAGUCUUCCUAAAAUGGUACUGUAUGUGAGUAAUGUUAAAGAUGCCAAACCUUUUUCUCUCUUCUCUCUCUUUUUUUUUUUUUUUUUUUUUU